AUGAUCGUUAAUAACUAUUGUUUGUCAAUGAAUUGCAUAAUAGCCCCUUUAAAUGGAUGUGGAGGAUUAUAUUUAGGAAAUUUGGAUGCUGCUAAAGAUUCUUAAUUGUUAAUACAAUAUAAUAUAGGAGCAGUCUUAUAAGUUCUUGAUUAAUCAGUUCCAGUUAAAGGAGCAUAAAAAUUGGUAUUGAAUAAUUUCUAUCGUUGAGUGGAUUAUGGCAGAAGAUUCUGAAGAGUUUCCACUUAAUAAAUACUUUGAACAAGCAAUUAAAUUUAUAGAAAAUUAAACUAAAAAAACUAAUGUUCUUGUUCAUUGUUAUGCAGGUAUCUCUCGAUCUGCUGCUAUUGUAGCUGCCUAUCUUAUGUAAAAAUAUGAUUGGACAAUGAAUUAAGCUAUAAUACAUUUACAAUAAAAAAGAAGAAUAGUAAAUCCUAAUCCAGGAUUCAUAAUAUAACUUUAAGAUUUUUAAUAGAAGUUAAGUCAUAAUAAUCAAGAAUCUAAUCUAUCAUAAAAAAACAUUAAACAUGAUUAUCAAAAUGAUUAAUAGUAAAAAAUAAAUUCUCCAUUGCAUAAAUUAUCUCGAUUGGAUGAAUUUAAUAAUAAAUUAGAUUAAUUUAGAAAUUAAUUGAGAAACAAACAAAAAGCAUUUUGA